GCCUCUGAAAGUACGGCAAGACGCUGAGGACAAACUGGUCGGCCGUCUGUUCCGGCUGUACUUGUUUCCACAAAUAUAAUUUUAAAGAUAUUUAUAACUCGAUUAAUAAACCGAGAAUUAAUAUUUAGAUAUCAUCGAUUUAUUCAUUAUGGUGUAGCUGUUAAAUAGCUGAAAAAAUAAAAUUAACUGUCACAAUAAUAGCUACUACUACUGCUGCAUGCUAACACAGUUAUCAUGGCUACAGUGUUGCUUACAACUGAAAUCAGCAGAACUUUAAACAAACAUCUACUGAAACUGAUCUGUGCUAAAGGAUCUGUCAGAUAUGCCUCUGUGGACAGGAUUGAGAAAGUUCUCAUUGCUAACAGAGGAGAGAUAGCCUGUCGGGUAAUGCGAACAGCUAAGAAGAUGGGUGUUCGCUCUGUUGCUGUGUACAGUGAACCAGACAGACAUUCCAUGCAUGUGGCCAUGGCAGAUGAAGCAUAUCAUAUUGGGCCUGCAGCGUCUCAGCAGAGUUAUCUGUGCAUGGACAAGAUACUGGACGUGGCCAAAAAAUCCUGUGCACAGGCGGUCCACCCUGGAUACGGUUUCCUCUCUGAAAAUACAGAGUUUGCUGAACAGUGCAAAAAGGAAGGUAUCAUCUUUAUCGGUCCACCUUCAUCCGCCAUUCGGGACAUGGGAAUCAAAAGCACAUCUAAACACAUUAUGUCAGCUGCUGGUGUACCUAUCAUUGAGGGCUACCAUGGAGAGGACCAAUCAGAUGAAAAACUUCAAAAAGAGGCGGCACGGAUCGGUUACCCUGUGAUGAUCAAAGCUGUUCGUGGUGGCGGUGGAAAAGGAAUGCGAAUUGCAGUUUCAGAAGCAACUUUUCACGAGCAGCUGCAAUCCGCCCGAAGAGAAGCCCGCAAGUCAUUCAAUGAUGAUGUCAUGCUUAUAGAGAAGUUUGUUGAAAACCCAAGACAUGUAGAGGUGCAGGUGUUUGGUGACCAGUAUGGUAAUGUCGUGUAUCUGUUCGAGAGGGACUGUAGCGUUCAGCGACGUCAUCAGAAGAUCAUUGAGGAAGCUCCAGGGCCAGACAUUAGUUCUGAGGUCAGGCGGAGACUUGGGGAGGCAGCCGUGCGAGCGGCUAAAGCCGUCAACUAUGUGGGAGCAGGCACAGUAGAAUUUAUCAUGGAUGCCCAGCACAAUUUCUACUUUAUGGAGAUGAACACACGUCUGCAGGUGGAGCAUCCUGUUUCAGAGAUGAUCACAGGAACUGACCUGGUGGAGUGGCAGCUGCGGGUGGCAGCAGGAGAGAAGUUGCCCCUCACUCAGGAAGAGAUUGUGUUGAGGGGUCACUCUUUUGAAGCCAGAAUUUAUGCUGAAGACCCCAGUAACAACUUCUUGCCAGGAGCAGGGCCGUUGCUCCACCUGUCAACCCCGCAGGAAGAUCAGUGCACACGGAUAGAGACAGGGGUUCGAGAAGGUGAUGAGGUGUCAGCCCACUAUGAUCCAAUGAUUGCUAAACUGGUGGUUUGGGGGGAAGAUCGCUCCGCUGCUCUGAAGAAACUCAGAUAUUGCUUACGCCAGUAUAAUAUUGUGGGUCUAAACACCAACAUUGAGUUUCUUCUGAGUCUAUCCGGACAUCCAGAGUUUGAAGCAGGGAACGUUCACACAAGUUUUAUUUCACAGCACUAUGAUCAGCUCUUCCCAUCAGUACAGGAAGUGUCUCCAGAAGUCCUGUGUCAGGCUGCCCUGGGCCUGCUGCUACAAGAAAAACACUACACAGACAAAUACAGGGACCAGUCCAGCGACAUGUACUCACCAUUUGCAUGCAGUAACGGGAGACGACUCAAUGUCCUGCAAUGUAGGGAACUGACACUGCAGCUAGGGGACAAAAAAAUUGCUUUAUCUGUUACAUACAAUCCAGAUGGGACGUAUAGUAUGGAGACUGAAGGUCAGGUGUUUCAUGUGUCAGGGGAGCUUCAGAUGGACAGAGAUGUGACCUACCUGUGGUGCUCUCUCAAUGGAGUGAUGUGCCGACCCAAACUUAUCAUUCUGGACAACACUAUACACAUCUUUUCUACAGAGGGAAGCACCCAAAUUGACGUCCCUGUUCCCAAGUUCCUGGCCGGUGUUACUGCCUCCAGUGCACAGAGUGGUGCUGUUGCACCCAUGACAGGCACUAUUGAGAAGGUGCUAGUCAAGGUUGGAGACUUUGUGCAGAAGGGUGACCCUUUAAUGGUGAUGAUUGCUAUGAAAAUGGAGCAUACCAUCCGUGCACCUAAGGCAGGAGUUAUUAGAAAGGUGUUAUUCAAGGAAGGCUCACAGGCAAACCGCCAUGCAGCACUGGUGGACAUUGAAGAGAAGGAUGGAGCUGAAGCCGAUUAACAAUGUGAUGAUAUUCAGUGUGAUGUCACAGAAAUCAGCACUAUGAGAAAAUUUGGAUAUGAUGGACAGAUGUUCAAAACUUGGACUGAUUCCCUAAUAAGCAGUAAUUUGGAAAAACCUAAUAAUUUUACCUUUGAGAUGUAGGAUUGUUUUUUCUUUUUGAUUUGUAUAGUCUAUUAAACUAAACUAAAUCUAUGAACGUU